GGAAUAGCGCGGAGCGGGGGAACAGUGAGAUGCUGUUUGCUCCUUCCUGGCUCCCAUAGUCUCUCUCUUUGAGCACCCAGUCCAUACUCGCGCUGAGGCAUCCUGCUAGUCUGAGGAGACCCCCAACACUCCACAAGUCACCACAACAUGUUUGCUUUUCCUCACUGCAUGAGGCGAGCAAGAUAUAGGGCAACAAGAGGAUUCACUCCUCCCAGACAGAGGGCCACAGGAGACCUUCACUACCCCCUGAGAGCAACAAGAGGACUUCACUCCCCCCAGAGCUCAGAGCCCAAUGAUGAGGACCCCACGGCACAGUUUCCCUUGGCUAAUCAUCCUAGUGCUGCUAACGAAACUGGUCUCUGUGCUCUGCUGCCCAACCAAAUGUAACUGCAACACUUCAGGAAUGCUGUGGUGCAUCAAGAUGGGACUGUCCGCCAUUCCUGAACACAUCCCUCCCGACACCUCCAGCAUCUAUGCCUUUGAGAACUCCAUUUCCACCCUGCACAAAGAGGAUUUUGCGGGCCUGCAGGAACUGAAGCUCCUGCACCUGUCUCACAAUAAAAUCACAAGGCUGCCUCAGGAGGUCUUCCAGCCUCUCAGUGUGCUCUCCAACCUGGACCUGUCAUCCAACCAGAUAACUGAGAUCACCAACAACACCUUCUCUGGGCUACAAGAAUUGAAACGAUUGUACCUGCAGCAAAACAAGAUCAAGACCAUUCACCCAGCAGCUUUCGACACACUAAUGAAGCUAGUCGAGCUCAAGCUGCAGGAUAACCUGCUCCAUCGUCUUCCUCCUCUUCAACUUCCUACUCUCCUCCUGUUGGAUCUCAGCAGAAAUAACAUCCCAUAUGCAGAACUCAGAAGCAUCCAGGCACCCGAGAUUGAAUCUUUAAAGUUGGCUGGUCUUGGUCUCAGUACCAUAGAUGAAGACAUGUUUAAGAGCAUGAGGAAUCUUCAGGAGCUGGAUCUGUCAGACAAUCAGCUGGUGACUGUGUCAGCCGCACUCCAGCACCUCAGCGAACUGACCUUUUUGAGUCUACGGGGAAACAACAAGAUCUCUCACUUGAAGGGUGAGGACUUCAAGCACAUUAGAAACCUUCAGAAACUGGACAUCAGUGGGUUGAGUCUCAGGACCAUUCCCGAGGGUUUCUUGGACCUCUUCCCCAACUUAAAGAGCCUCACAGCCGCCGAGAAUCCCUACAACUGUGUCUGCCAGCUCAGCUGGUUUGUCCAAUGGGUACGGGCGAACAAUGCUCUCCUCCAGAGGUGGGAGGAGACACGUUGCCACUUCCCACCAGUCAAUGCUGGCAAGCCACUCAACAGGUUAACACAUAAUGACUUUGGAUGUCCCACUACCAUCGUGCCCAUCAGUGCCACAAGCACCACACGGUCACCACCAACCACAGCUAAGAAACCAACAUUGGGUCACAAAGCCACACACCUGCCAGGACAACCAUUGUCCUUCAAUGGCGGAGCUACACUUGGAGCCAUCACUGAAAUAGAUCAACAACUGAGCACAAAGGGACAUCACUGCCUCUCCACAGAAUGCCUCAAUGGAGGCAUUUGUCAACUGGAUAAAUAUGGGCAACACACAUGCAUGUGUCGUGCUGGCUUCCAUGGACCACUCUGUGAGGAAGCAAAUGGUAUUCUUGAUCUCCAGGCUUCUCAGAAAAGCCUUGUGAACAUUAGUCAAAUAACCAGCACUUCAGUCACAUUAAACCUAGAAGGUUUCAAACUCUCCCCAAUUUACUACAAAGGGCUCCGGCUGACAUACAAGAAUUGGUCAGGCCUGGACCCCAGGCCAGUAUCACUCAACAUUCCAACGUCCCUGUCAACAUACAGGAUCCCAAGCUUGUGGCCCAACUCAACAUAUCAGAUCUGUGUUGGAGCUCUGGGAGAGGCCAGCACUAAAGAAGAGCCUUGCGUAGUCGUACAGACACUGCCGAUGACACAGUUGGCUCCGUUCACACAGGCGGAGGAUAGUAACCUGACUAGUGUGAUCUGGCCAGCAAUCACAGGCAUGUUCCUGGCUUUACUGCUGGCAGUUGUCAUCACUCUCUACUGCCGGAAAAAGCAAAAAAACUCUGCCCAGGGAGGAGAAUCACACGCUUAUGAUGUCGAAGGAUUCAAACCCAGUCUACAGGAGGGAAAUAUCUCGUCCAGCACUUGGAAAGAACAUGAAUGCCUUGCUCUGCAAAGUGAAGUGCCAUUAAUCCAAGAUCACCAAAGCAACAGUCCUAAAGCUUUGUGACCAUCCCUUCAUGGGGAUUAAUGUGGAUUUCCAAAGCCUAAUUGCAACUGUAAAACUUCAUUGCUUCAAUCAAAAAGUCCUUUCCUAUCGAGAGUGGAAUUGCACACAGCAGUCCUAUUUCAAUCUCUCCCAAGAAAAUCCAGUAGGUAUGAAGCCUAAUCAAUCUUGCCCAAGAUUUCCUUACCCUGUUCUGUACACUUCAAUCUGGGAUAUACUUAUGGCAUCCACAGAAUCCCUGUGAAACCCCACCAAAGGAGGAGAUCAAAUCUUCCAAAGCAUCGCUGUAAAUAUCACUAGUGCCACCUUCGUUAUUCAGACAGCUAUCUGCAUGUAUCAAUAUAUGACUUGCACGGCCAGAAUCUGAGUGGUUUAAAUGUGUGGAGUUCAUGGAUAAUGGUCCAGAGUUAACCACACCCCAUAAUGACUGUCGUCAUUCCCCAACAGCUCUACAACGCAAGGGAAGAGAGCCAGUGAUGGUCACACAUGCACUUGCCACUAACUGGCCCACCAUUAACUGCUGUAUAUUGCUGAGCCAAACUUAACCGAGCCAAGCACACAAUGUAUAUGACAAUAUUUGUAAGCAAAUAAAUAUUUUUCUAGAGAAGUGA